CCAAAACUUUGUUUAUCACUCCCAAAAGUUUUGCUGCAUGUAUGAGGAGAAAAUCAAUUUCCGGGGCUUUUACUAAUUUAUAACUUUAUUGUAUAUUUGGAAAGAGGAAGAUUGCGCGAUCUUGAAAAAGCUGUCUCGUCGACUCUGGGAGAGCUGUUGUUGAUUCUGGGCGAGGGGCCUAUUGAGCUUCAAUUGUUUACUUCGUGAAGGUUGAAAUUCGAUAUUCAACACGGUACACUUAUGUCGAGUAAAACCAAGUCGCGCUGGGCAGAUGAUGAAGAAGACGCUGCGUUAGAUAUACAGCGCAAACGCGAAAAGGAAGCAAAGAAACGGCUGAAGGCAGAGAAACAAAGGAAGCUCGAUGAACAAGCUGCGGCUGCCGCGAAAUCGCCCGCUCAAGCUCCCCCGGAAUCAGAAACUCCUUCCGAGAGGCCCGCAAAGCGUCGCCGUUUAUCACACUCUCCCGUGCCUGCCCAAAAGCUCGAUUCACCACCUGCCAAAUUACUGCGCUUCCCGGCGCCCAAUUGGGGAAAAUGUCGCAGUGUGGAAGAUUAUGAGAAAUUGAAUGAUAUAGAGGAGGGAGCGUAUGGGUGGGUAUCACGCGCGAAGGAUAGUAGGACGGGGAAAGUUGUUGCGCUGAAGCGGCUGAAGAUGGAGAAUGCGAAUGAUGGGGUGCCAGUGACGGGCUUGAGGGAAAUACAAACAUUGAUGGAUUGCGAGCAUGAAAACAUUGUGAGGUUAAGGGAGGUGGUCGUUGGGGAGGAUACAAGUAAGAUAGAGAAGUACGUUUUUUUCCAUCCAAUUCUUACAUUUUUAUUUUUAUUUGUCCAGUUUGCAUAAUCUAUAAGAAAGCUAUAGCUAACACACACACACUCUAGUAUAUUCUUGGUUCUCGAUUUUCUCGAACACGAUCUAAAAACUCUCCUCACAUCCCUCUCAGAGCCAUUUCUCCCUUCCGAACUCAAGCUCCUACUCCAUCAACUCACAACCGGGGUCGCCUACCUCCAUAACCACUACAUCCUCCACCGGGACCUGAAGACGUCCAACCUCCUCCUCUCCAAUCGAGGCGUCCUCAAAAUCGCCGAUUUCGGCAUGGCGCGCUAUUGCGGUGAUCCAGCACCAAAAAUGACCCAAUUAGUCGUUACCCUCUGGUACCGCAGUCCCGAGCUCUUACUCGGCGAGGAACGAUACGGCAAAAGUGUAGAUAUGUGGAGCGUGGGUUGCAUAUUCGGCGAACUACUGAGCAACGACGCCUUGCUCCCGGGGAAGAACGAAGUAGAUCAACUAUCGAAAAUUUUCGAGCUCCUCGGCCUCCCUACCGAAUCGACCUGGCCCUCCUUCAAGCGCCUCCCCAACGCACGUUCUCUCCGACUUCCGAAGAACCCCAAUCCCGCCACCCAAGGUUCAGUCCUGCGGUCUAAAUUCCCCUUUCUGACCUCAGCUGGAUCAUCUUUACUCUCGUCGCUACUCAGCUUAAACCCUGCGAAACGACCUUCUGCGCAAGAUGUUUUGCAACAUGAAUACUUUAAAGAGGAUCCCAAAAUGAAGAGUAGAGAUAUGUUUCCCACAUUUCCGAGCAAAGCGGGAUUGGAGAAGAAGAGACGGAGAGGGACUCCAGAUGCUCCUCAGAGAGGAGAAGCUCCUAAGGGACUGGGAGGUGUGUUGGAUUUCAGUGGGGUAUUUGGGAGUGCAGGCGGAGAGGAAGUAGAGAAGGGGGGUGGAUUUAGCUUGAAGCUUAUUUGAAAGCAUGUAGAUUGCCAGGUUAAACAUGGAGAAUAUGGAUGGCCUGGUCUUUACUAAAGAUAUAUCGUGAGAAAGAGACAUGGAUGUACCACUUUGUGCUCUGGAUAUUCCGGGAUUCCAGCUUCCCAUGAUUUUAUGGGUGUAGAUAUAUUAUGCAAAAGUUUACGAUCUAGAACCAAAGAUUUAAU